AUGUUAACGCCUCGUCCUUUCCCGCCAGUCUCGUCAUUUUUUCCCUCGUCUUCUCGAACCCAGUCGUUCAGCUCGCACGUCCUUAGACGUGUUUCAAACCGCGUGAGGAAUAGGAUAGCGGCAUGCCAGCACGUAGCUGACGUGGCUGAUAUGGCUGACAUGGCAGGCAACACGGACCACAGAGGCACGCCGGAGAAGCCGGGGAGGACAGUGACGCUGGUGGAGGAGCAAGACUCCGUUACUUAUGGCGUUGCGUAUCGCCUCGCAGGGCAGGAGCAUGAGCAGCGCGAGAUUCUCCAGUAUCUGAGGCAUCGGGAGAAGGAGUACGACCAGCAAGUCAACAUCGACUUCCAUACAGAGCCAUCAGGCGCCCACCCUCCUGUCAUUCAAGUCUUGGUCUUCAUUGCCUCGGACAACCCAGUCUCCAACCCCUACUACCUCGGCCCUGCUCCCCUUGAAGCCAUGGCAUGGCAGAUAGCAACAGCGCGUGGGCCGUCAGGGCCCAAUGCAGAGUACUUGUUGAACCUGCAAAAGGCACUCAGCGACCUGGGUGCAUGUGACCCCCAUGUGGACGCCCUGGCAGCCCUUUUGUCCACCAUGCUACCCCACACCACCACCACCAUCGCCCCUGCAACUGCCACCACCACAGCAACAGCUGCCGUUGCUGCCACUACCAUUCCGACGCUCACAUACAGCAGCAGCAGCAGUGGCAGUGGCAGUGCAGCUGGCUGUGCUGCAGUGCCGCCAUGUGUGCAUCAUCAUGCACACACCCGAGAGGCCACAGGCGCUGCUGAUGACCAACCAUGGACAUGCAGUCAUGUGCAGACACAGGGGCAAGGGCACGCAGCAGCAGUGGGGCUCGUAGUGGAUGCUGCUGUUGCAUGCAUGGUGGGGAACGAGGCGCUUGGGCUCCAAAUGAGGGUCAACCCACAAGCAGUCCGAAGCCCAUGA